GAAAUAGGACCCCACACAUUUUAUCCAGACACGGACACACAAAGUCGACGUACCAGCUUCCGCUUCCAGCUCUGCGGUUUAUGAGUGGUUACUGGACAUCUGAAGGCUGCUAAGUUGCUAAAGUGUGCAAAUAUGAAUCCUGUCUUGAGAGAGACGCCGAGACGAGCGCUGUUCCUCUGCAGCCGAGGGAGAAGCUGCUUUUGUCUUCCAAGGGCUCCCGCGUGUCCCCGGCUUCCGGUGUGGGGAGGCGUGGCGCGGACACAAGAAAGGCAAUACAGAGGCUCUCCGACCGAAGGCAUCGGGAGGUGGCGCCAUCUCUUACCCAGAGAAGCGCCAAAGAAAAAGAAAGACAAGCAUCAGAUGCGGAGCAUCGCGGCCGCCACGGACACGGCGUACGGGACCCUCAACGUCAACGUGUCGGGCUACGACAUGACGGCGGUGGAGCACUUCGCCCGGUACAUCCACAACCUGUGCACCCGGCUCGGCGUCAGCGUGGCAGAGAGCUACGCGCUGCCCACCGUAAGCGCAGAGCUGAUGCUGAUGCAGGAGAGCGGCACCAAGAUGUACGUCGACUCGCUUUUGAAGACCCACAAACGUGUCAUUCAGUUGCAGAGCCUGAAGGCGUCGCUGUGUCCCAUCGUGAUGGACGUCCUGCUGGCGAACCAGCCGGAGGGCGUCGACCUGUCAGUGAAGGAGCACACGGAAGCUGACUUCCUGGCCCGCUUCAAGGCGCGACCCGAGCUGGAGGGUCUCAUGGCUCAGAUGAGUCCAUAGGUUCUGUGUGUAAGAUUGUUGCUUGUUUAUAAAAUUGGUUUUGGCACUGCAUGUUGAGUUGUGUGAAAUAAACAUUUCUCUGCUA